AUGGAUGGUGAGUAUGUCCUGUGCAAUUGGAAAGACCAGUUGUGGCCAGCAAAAGUUGUGUCCAGUUGUGAAAUAUCAUCAAGCAGUAAGAGAAAACAGACAUUUUCCCUGGAAGUUCAAAUACUCUCACUGGGAGAAAAAAUUAUAGUAGAGAGCACAGAAACAAAGCUCCUAAAUAAGUCUCAGAUAGAAGCCAUUGCUUCCUCACUAGCAGUGCAGGGAGAUGCCAGUGGUUUACCUUACGAGGAGACAGCCUAUGGAAGGUCACUUAAACUGGCACUGGAUAUUCUGAACGAGAGGCCAAAUUUGAGUCAAGCAAGUGUUUCAGAUGAAGAAGUGCCCAGUACCCUGGCUGAAGAUGUACCACCAACAGUAUCCAAUUCACCCCCUUGUAAAAAGUAUCGCAAGCAUGAAGAAGACUUACCAAUAUGUUUGGAGCAAAGUGGCAGCCCAGCAUCCUCGUUAGUAUCUCCAGAUAAUGGUGGCACCCUGUCUGAUGACAAGCCACAGAUGCACACAACCAUUUCAAGUGAAAUGGAAACAAAGCCGUCACUAAGCUCUAGCUGGAGCCAAACUUUCCCUUCACUUCUGGAAGGUGAAGAUGAGAAAGAAGACAAGAAAAAGAUUGACAUAUGUCUUAUAUCUAUUCAUUCCACAGUCAAAGAAGAGGAUGUUAAAGAAGAGAAGUUUGUUCCAGAAUUGUCAUCAGAUGCUCCUGUGAUGCCCAAAGCUUUGAAAGAGGAGUCAGAAGAUGUGUGCUCAGAGCCCUUGGCUGUUUCCUCUAUCUCCCCAGAGAAUAUUGAAGAUCCUGGAGAAGGUCCCUCAAAUCCAAAUCCAUGCUUAGAUCCCAGCCAGAAUCACCCUUCUGUAGAACCGGAGGUGGGUGCUUCAACCUCUACUGGAGUGGGUGCCUCAACGUCUACUGGAGAUUGUUCGCAGGAUGGCCAGGGCUCUUCUAGUGCCUCUAAUCCUGCCCCUGUAAGUAAUGAAAGGUAUUUCAACAGACUAGAUUUUGAUGAUUUUGAUGAAUUUCCACCUUCUGAAAGGUCAUUGCGCCUAAGUUCUAUCAUUGAUUCCAUGUCAGCUGAAGAUGAGGAAGAAGAAGAACUUCCACGUGUCAUUUUUCAAUAUGAGAAACGUCCCUUUGAAACAGGAAUGAUAGUCUGGUUUAAAUAUCAAAAAUACCCCUAUUGGCCAGCAGUGGUAAAAAGCAUCAGGCGAAAGGAAAGGAAAGCAAGUAUACUUUUCAUUGAGGCAAACAUGACUCCCGAAAAGAAAGGCAUGAGAGUAUCUUUCAGAAGAUUAAAGAAAUUUGAUUGUAAAGAGAAGCAAACACUAGUGGAAAAAGCCAGGGAAGCUUACAGUGAAAGUAUUGACUGGUGCAUCUCACUGAUUUGUGACUACAGAGUUAGAAUAGGUUGUGGUUCAUUUGCAGGCUCUUUCUUUGAGUAUUAUGCUGCUGAUAUUAGUUAUCCAGUUAGAAAGAUAAUCAAACAAGAUACCUUCAGGAAUAUAUUUCCAAAAUUAUAUGAUGAUGAUGUGUUGGGACCCAUGGCUGUGACUUCUAAGACCAAGAAAAUGUCUUUCCAGAAACUUCUUCCAGACCGGAUGAAGGCUGCACGGGACCGAGCCAACAAAAACCUUGUGGACUUCAUUGUUAAUGCAAAGGGAACAGAGAACCAUCUUCAGUCCAUUUUAAAUGGCACUAAGGGAUCCAGAUGGCUGAAAUCAUUUUUGAAUUCAAAGAGAUUCUCACGCUGUAUUGAAACUUACUUAGAGGAUGAUGAUCAGUUGGAUGAGGUGGUGAAAUACUUACAAGAAGUCUGCAAUCAAGUAGAUGAAAAAAUGAUGAGCCUCAUACAACAUGAUAAAAUUAAAUUUAUCCUGGAAGUUCUUCUGCCAGAAGCUAUUAUUUGUUCAAUCUCUGCUGUUGAUGGGUUAGAUUACAAAGCAGCAGAAGCAAAGUAUCUAAAAGGACCAUCUCUAGGCUAUAGGGAAAGAGAAUUGUUUGAUUCGAAAAUCUUAUCUGAGAAAAGACGGAAACCAUCAACAACAGAAACUCAUUAA